GCGCGGCCGUCACGUGACUUCGGCAUGGCGGCGUUUGCGGAUUUGGACCUGCGGGCGGGUUCCGACCUGAAGGCGCUGCGCGGACUCGUGGAGAAUGCCGCUCACCUGGGCUAUUCAGUUGUUGCCAUCAAUCAUGUUGUUGAAUUUAAGGAAAAGAAACAGGAAAUUGAAAAACCAGUAGCUGUUUCUGAACUCUUUACAACGUUGCCAAUUGUACAGGGAAAAUCAAAACCAAUUAAGAUUUUAACUAGACUGACAAUUAUCGUUUCGGAUCCAUCUCACUGCAAUGUUUUGAGAGCAACUUCUUCAAGAGUCCGGCUGUAUGAUAUCGUUGCAGUUUUUCCAAAGACAGAAAAACUUUUUCAUGUUGCUUGUACACAUUUAGAUGUGGAUUUAGUCUGCAUAACUGUAACAGAGAAGCUACCAUUUUACUUCAAAAGACCCCCUAUUAAUGUGGCAAUUGACCGAGGUGUGGGCUUUGAACUUGUGUAUAGCCCGGCUAUCAAAGACUCCACAAUGAGAAGGUACACAAUUUCCAAUGCCCUCAAUUUGAUGCAGGUCUGCAAAGGAAAGAAUGUAAUUAUAUCUAGUGCUGCUGAAAGGCCUUUAGAAAUAAGAGGCCCAUAUGAUGUGGCAAACUUAGGGUUGCUGUUUGGGCUGUCGGAAAGUGAUGCCAAGGCCGCAGUGUCCACCAGCUGCCGAGCGGUGCUUCUGCACGGAGAAACUAGAAAAACUGCUUUUGGAAUUAUUUCCACGGUGAAGAAACCUCGGACAUCAGAAGUAGAUGAUGAUUCUCUUCCAGCCUGCAAGAAGGCCAAGUGUGAGAGCUGAAACGAGUCCCCGUCUCUGUCAACACUCCCUUCUGCCUUUUGAGAAUCCAUCAGCUGCAACAGAAGCAGAACCUCCGUAUGAUUCACUAUUUUCACUUGGAGCUAGAUACCAGUAGUCUAUAAAAGCAGUCUUAUAUUUAAGCCAUUAAAAUAACAAAACCUAGUAAAGCAUUAAAAAAAUUAAAAAAGGCUGCCCCCGUAAUGAAUUUAGAUAUUUUAAGAGAAAAGCAAAGACUAGUUCAUUUAUCCUUUCCGUUAAGUGAUAAAUGGAAGGUAUAAUUGAAUAAGAUGUUUCAGUAUUUCAAGAGACUCUUUAAAAAUGUUUCUUGCUCAUUUAAAAGUUCAUGCUUUUCAGCUUUACUUGAUAUACAUGGCUUAUUAUUUUUUAAUUUUACUACUCAAAAAGUGGUUAUUUUGAGGACUUAAAACUUAUGUUAAGGG